CCACCCCACGAGCACUAUGAGGACUCCUGCCAGCAGCUCCACCGUUUGCUCCUGCCCAGCAACACCCCCAGCCCCCGCUGCUCUGGCCGUCAUCCUGACUUUCCUCCUCUCCGGGGCUCACAGCCAGACCCCCCGGGCUCUCCAGGAGAGCACCAUCCCCUCGGGGGGGCUCAGCCAGGAGCAGGCCUACAGCCUGGUGCAGCCCAGCCUCCUCCAGGAUGCUGGAGGGUCCAACCUGUCGGAGAGCCUGCCCAGGAGCAGCGCCUCGGAGCCGCCGCUGCUGCCCGUGUGCGCCAAGCCCGCCGACAUCCGGCACGUCUUCAAGUACAUCAACACCAUCGUGUCCUGCACCAUCUUCGUCGUGGGCAUCAUCGGCAACUCCACCCUGCUGAGGAUCAUCUACAAGAACAAGUGCAUGAGGAACGGGCCCAACGUCCUCAUCGCCAGCCUGGCCCUCGGGGACCUUCUCUACAUCCUCAUCGCCCUGCCCAUCAACGUCUACAAGCUCUUGGCCAAGGACUGGCCCUUCGGAGUGCAGGUGUGUAAGCUGGUUCCCUUCAUCCAGAAAGCCUCCGUGGGCAUCACGGUCCUGAGCCUUUGUGCUCUCAGCAUCGACAGGUACCGAGCCGUGGCGUCCUGGAGCCGGAUCCAGGGGAUCGGGAUCCCCAUGUGGAAGGCGGUGGAGGUGGUGCUGAUCUGGGCCGUGGCCAUCGUGCUGGCGGUGCCCGAGGCCAUCGCCUUCGACAUGGUGGAGCUCAGCUACUGGGAGCAGCACCUGUGGGUGUGCAUGUUGGCCUCGGAGCAGAAAUCCCGCUUCAUGAUGUUCUACCGGGAUGUGAAGGACUGGUGGCUUUUCGGCUUCUAUUUCUGCCUGCCCCUGGUGUGCACUGGCAUCUUCUACACCCUCAUGUCAUGUGAGAUGCUGAGCAAGAGGAACGGCAUGAGAAUCGCCCUGAACGACCACAUGAAACGGCGCCGGGAGGUGGCCAAGACCGUGUUCUGCCUGGUGGUGAUCUUCGCGCUCUGCUGGCUGCCCCUCCACCUCAGCCGCAUCCUCAAGAAGACCAUCUACGACCAGACGGACCCCAACAGAUGUGAAUUGCUCAGCUUCCUCCUGGUGAUGGAUUACUUUGGGAUCAACAUGGCCUCCCUCAACUCCUGCAUCAACCCCGUGGCUCUCUACUUUGUCAGCAGGAAAUUCAAGAACUGCUUCCAGUCCUGCCUGUGCUGCUGGUGCCAGAGGCCCGCCCUGAGCAUCACCCCCACGGAUGAGAAGGGAUCAGUCGGGAAGUGGAAAGCCACGGGGCAGGAGCUGGGGCUGGACCGGAGCAGCUCCCGCCUGAGCAACAAGUACAGCUCCUCCUAAAUCCCAAAUCAAGGACAAGGCACAGGGCCAGGACAGCAGGACCCCUCUGCUCCUCUCCCAUGGCUCUUUCCUGGCUGGGCCUGAACCAUCUUUGCCUUCACGUUGUGACCCACCUGGAAGGAGCCUCAGCGUUCCAUGGCCCCCCCAGGCCCAGCUCUGGGCCCGGGCUCUGCCCCCCACCCUGCAGGAGGGGGAAGGGCAUUCAGAUCCUGACAGGAUUUUUCAUUUCCUUGCAGGAAAACCAAGUGACUUCUGGCCAUUUGUGUCGGGGUGGA